AUGGCUGCGUCUUUCAAUGCUCUCCAGCAGGAGGAUAUCGCUUUUUCUGGGCUGCACGUGGAGGAAGGGGAUGCCACCGCAGGGGCACCACUCAUUGAUCGGGGCACGCCAAAUGGCAACCGCGUGAGCACCGUCAAGGUCACAUUCGCGACGCCCUUCAGCAAGCCCCCUAUCGUGCACGCCUCGAUCAACUAUCUCGACUUCUACAUUACUGGCGCCAUCAGAAUGCAGGUGGAGGUGAAGAACGUAACAACCACCGAUUUCGACGUUGAAUUCUUUACCUGGAUGGAUACCAAGGUGUCAGGGGUGAAGGCCCGCUGGUUGGCCAUUGGUUCCAGCAACUCAACCGGUGCGCUAACCACAGUUUGA